AUGGGGAAAAAAUCAGCGACGCGUGCGAGCGACGCUGCGGGCGAGCCGUCGCGCGAAUCGACGGCGUCGACCUCGGUCGAGGCGUUCACGUCUUGGUGCGCGAGUAAAUCGAUCGAGUUGAACGGCGUCGCGGUCGGUAAAGACCGCGCGAGCGGUCGCGGGUGCGUGGCGACGCGAGAUUUAUCGGUCGGUGAAGUCGUCGUGCGCGUACCCGACGAGGUUGUGCUGACGACGGAGACGAGCUCGGUGCGCACCGAGUUGGACGCGUUCGUCGGCGACGACGGCGUGGAGUCGCCGAGGUUGGAGAAGGAGCUGCUCGUGAUCGCGGUGAUGUGCGAGAUGCUGAGAGGGGAGAAGAAUUCAGAGUGGGGGGCGUACUUGCGCGUCGUGCGCGAGGGAGCGGAGAAUGGUCACUCGAUUUUGGCGUGGGACGACGAGCAGGCGGAGGCGCUCGAGGGGACGGACACGUGGUUCGACGCGUAUGAGAACGACGAUGAAGGGUUGGAUCUUCCUACGAUGACGGACGAACACUGGGAGCACGUGGUACGAUUGUUCUUUGAGCGCAAUCCCGAGCUCGCGCGCGGGAUGGAUGAGGAUGAACUUCGGGAGCUGCACUUUGCUGCGACGGCGAUGGUGGCUGGGUAUUCGUUCACGCUCGGAGACGACGAGAUUCAGGGCAUGGUGCCGUUCUGGGACAUGCUCAAUCACGCGCCGCCGUGCGCGGCGUCGGUACGCUUGAACCACGAUCCCAAGCGCGGAUUACAGAUGAUCACCGUGCGCGAGGUGAAGAAGGGAGAGGAAGUUUUCAACACGUAUGGGCCGCUCAGGAAUGCCGAAUUGUUGAGACGCUACGGCUUCGUCCUCGCGCGAAACCCGCACGGAGGGACGACAGUCGGACUCGAUGAGGUCAUCGAGGCGGCCAUGAUGGCUAAUCCCGAUCUCUACGAGGAGUUGCCCCUACGGCUGGCGUGGUUAGAGUCGCGAGGAUUGGCGGACGAGGAGCUCAGCACGCGUUUCUUCGUGCAUCAAACGGGACGACCGAGUCACGAACUCCUUAUCACCAUGCGCGCGCUCAUUCUCAAGCCGGAAGAGAUGACGGCGCUCAUCGAGACCGAUUUCGAAGACGAGGAGCAGCUCAUGAUAUUAGAAGGGAACGAUGAGACGCGAGCGGAGCAAUCCUACAUGGUUGGAGCCGCCUUGCAAUUUUUGAGCGUGCACGCGAACGAGCGGUACGCCAUAUCCAUGAAGGCGUCUCGUUUGGCGUAUAAAAUGUACGCCGACGUUUCUCCGACGUCUGAGACGCACGAAAGUCUCUAUAGGGAGUGGGCCGCCGCGCUCGUGCGCAUGAACGAGCAGCAAGCGUUGAUUAAACUCGGACGCUGGACGUACCAUCCGGCUCGCUCGGAGGACGCUUUGCUUCACGCGUGGCCGUUUCCAGAGGACGAGGACGAGGAUGAUGAGAUCAUGGUGUGCACACCCGUGGAAGAAUAG